AAAAAAUAAGGAAAAAUUCACCACUUAUUCACUGAAACGCACGCUGAUAGAUUAGAACCCUAAACACGGCACAGCACACAGAGCCUCCGUCUCAGUCCACCGUCAUCCGCCCCACAACCGCCGCAGGAUCAAAUGGCUCUGCGAGGAGUUUGGCAACUGAAGAAGCUUGUUGUUAGCUACAGCGAUUGGGGUGGAAGUAGCAAAGGUAUAAGGGCAUUUAUGGAGUCGCAUAUGCCAGCGUUUAAGGAGUCAAAUCCUCAGUUAGAGGUGGCCACUGAAAUGAUUCGUGGUCAGCAUCCACAUCUAAAGGCUUUUUACAAGAACCAUAAUGAUCGAGUGGUGUGUGUGAAGAAUAUGGACCCUGAAGAGAUACUUCUGCAUGCUACCAGGCUGAGGAAUGCACUGGGAAGGAAAGUUAUAAAACUGAGGACAAGGCAUGUAACCAAACACCCUAGUGUCCAAGGUACAUGGUCAACUGCUUUGAAAUUAUAGGAUGAAUAAAACCUGGUGCAUGAGAAAGCUACCCUUAGUAGUGCUAAGUCAGUCAAUCCUUUUUCUUUGGCCAAUUUCUCGAAUAUUUGUGAACUGAUUAAGAUAAGCUCUCAUGCUGUCUAGUGCAAUUGCCAAGAUUUCAGUUGUUCAGAUCAGAUACAUUUUUCGUUGUUGGUUUGGUGUAAAACCUUCGGCUAGUUAAACGUCAUAUCUUAUUAGCCUUUUAAGUGUCUUAUUGAACAACUAUCAACUUUAUUAUGGCUAAGGAGCUGAACUUGUUUACAUUGUUAGUUUGUAAUAAUAUCUAUCAAAUUCAUCUGAGUUUUGAAAUUCUUCUGCUUUCUUACUCUUUC